CCUAACAGCCUGGUGUAUGAAGCUGUUGAUCAUCACUGUAAGACACACAGCAGCCAUGCAACUUCUCUUUUUACUUCAGGGGCUUUUGGCUAUCCUGUACACCACACAUGCAGUCAACCCAAUUCUUACAACUGUGAUCCAGGUGGUUGACAGUAAUAGUGGUUCAGAGGCUGCAACCUCCCAAUUGGCAUCUACCAACAGUCCUGCACCUUCCACCUUAUCCACUGCUCCCAACCUGACAACCCUGAUGCCAAGCACAGUUGACCGCCAGACUCAAGAGCCCAGCACAGCCUUGUCAUUGCCUGACGGAAAUAGCUCAAAUAUCACAACUGAUGUGACAACCCCUGAGACAUCGUCAUCAUCAUCAUCUGCGGUGCCAGCAGGUUCCACCCUGCGUAUGUCGACAGCCACCGCAACUGUGACAGAAGUGCACAUGCCUGUAACGGACACAUUCCUCCCUUCUGCAGGGACAGAUAACAAAGAAUUUACAGUGACAACAGAGACAGAAACUGUGAUCCAAAGCUCAGGGAUUCCAGGUUACUUCCCAACUACUGUCACAGCUAAUGGCCCAGCUUCAACUCAACCUCCUGAAACUGAGCACACAAACACACCCUGGCCUCAAUCUACUACGUCCACUUCUCCGACAGACAUUAGCUCAAGUUCCUCACAGAGCAGCAUUACAACACACCAGACACCCAACAGAGAAACUCUGACCACAGAAAAUGAAUCUACAAACUCUCCUACACUCCUUACCGACAAAUUAGUGCCUGAAUCAAGCCUGUCAUCACACCUUACCUCAGGAUCUGUAAGCGUGGAGAUGCUGACCACAACCACUAAGGUACAUCAUUCAACAUCUACUUCUGCUAGCAACACACCUCCAUCCAGUGCAUCAGCAUCAGCGACUCCAACUCCAUCAUCUUCCUCCACACCACAGUCAACACCAACUAGCAGCUUGCACACAACCACAAAAUCCAUAGCCACUGUGUUGACCGAAAACAAGACACUAAUUGUCCCUGGAACAGAGCACACCACUGAUCAUACAAUUACAACACCUGUAUCAGCAAUGCCUUUAAGCUAUGAAGCAAGUCAAUCCACCUCACCAGAGCCCAGUAUAACAACUUCAUCACAUCUAACCACAAUCUCAAACUCUUCCCUUUCAUUAUCAGCAACAGCAGCAACAACAAUACCUACCACAAAGUCAGUGACAUCACCAUCAAUAUUAAACACUUCAGGUUUGACAUAUGUAUCUACUCUUCAAUCCACAUCAUCACUAGCACAUGAAACAUCCCAAGAUACAUUGACUUCACUGUCAAUGACAAGUGCACCUGCCAUACUACCUAGUACACAGCUGUCAUCUACAACAACAUCUUCUGCAGACACACAUGCAUCAACUUCAUUACAAGACUUAAUCAAUGAGACACAAGUAACAUCGACAUCUAAUUAUUCUCCAUUAUCUGACACAACACUUACCUCUAGUUACAAGGAAACAUCACCCAGGCAAACCCUGACAUCAGCCUCUGGAGAUUCACAACCCACAGGCAUAAAACCUGACACAACAUCUACCACCAGUCCCAUGACAACUUCCACACACCUGACCUCAUUGUUAUUUACAACACCUGUAUCAGUAAUGCCUUUAAGCUAUGAAGCAAGUCAAUCCACCUCACCAGAGCCCAGUAUUACAACUUCAUCACAUCUAACCACAGUCUCAAACUCUUCCCUACCAUUAUCAACAACAGCAGCAACAACAAUACCUACCACAAAGUCAGUGACAUCACCAUCAAUAUUAAACACUUCAGGUAUCCACAGCAGCAGCCGUUACCGACCAUUCAACUACUCUAUCAAGCAUAACCCAAACUACAACACAAUUGUCUACAACCAAAACAGUUUCUCCGCUCACAACAUCUAUACUUACCCAAACAGUUCCCCAGGAUCCAGCAACCGACGACAGCAUUGCACCCUCCACAGGUGCAAUAAUACCCCAGGGGCAUCUGCAGAACCUACCACACCAAAAGCUUUCUCAUCACCUGACACAACCACUACUUCAACACAGCCAACCACAGCCUCAGUUACUACAAGCAUAGCUGUAUCUUCAGAAGAAACAAGUAAAGCAAUUUCUGUGACCUCUUCAGAAACACCUGUAAUGACUACAUCUUCCUUAGGAACACCUGUCACGUCAUCAAAUUCCUCUGCAGCCCACACAGCUCAUCUUCAACCCACAACAUCCCUAGCUCAUGAAUCAUCCCAAUAUAUGCCGACUUCAGCCGAUACCGUUUCUUUACAACCUACAACACUGACCAAGGCAGUCCCCCAGGAUUCCUCCACUGGCAAUACCAUUACAUUAUCCACAGGUGCAGCAUCAUCUGCAGUGACAACUGUGCCAUAUCAAUCCAUGACUCAGCUGACAUCGACAGUCACCAUUUCAAAAUCCCAGUCUACAACAACUGUGUCUGCACACACAAAUGAUUCUCCAAUGGACUCAACCACACAACUAUCUACCACCCAAACAAAAACAUCUCAAAUCCCGUCACAAUUAACAACACCACUAGGCACUGCUCAUGUAACAGGUUCUUCUGAAAGCACAAACACAAAUCUACCAGCAUCCUCUACAACACCACUCCCAUUAACAGCAUCUACUGCAGUUGAUGUUAUAAUGGAUUCACCAAGUACAUCUGUGCCCACAUCCACAAAGCAAACAACUACAUUAUCACCAACACCUGCUGUAUCCCAUACCAGUCCAGUUUCAGCAUCUACAACUGUGUCAACCACACCCCAGCUUACCACUCUUACACAAGAACAACCUACAACUAAAAACUCUCUUUCAGCAUCUGCAAUAUCAACUUCUAACUCAAUUGCCGCUUCAGCAGAUAAUACCCCAGGGGCAUCAGCAGAACCUACCACACCAAAAGCUUUCUCAGCACCUGACACAACAACGACUUCAACACAGCCAACAACAGCCUCAGUUACUACAAGCAUAGCUGUAUCUUCAGGAGAAACAAGUAAAGCAAUUUCUGUGACCUCUUCAGAAACACCUGUAAUGACUACAUCUUCCUUAGGAACAUCCGUCACGUCAUCAAAUUCCUCUGCAGCAUACACAGCUCAUCUUCAACCCACAUCAUCCCUAGCUCAUGAAUCAUCCCAAUAUAUGCCGACUUCAGCCGGUACGGUUUCUCUACAACCUACAACACUGACCCAGGCAGCCCCCCAGGAUUCCUCCACUAGCAAUACCAUUACAUCAUCCACAGGUGCAGCAUCAUCUGCAAUGAGAACUGUGCCAUAUCAAUCUAUGACUCAACUGACAUCGACAGUCCCCAUUUCAAAAUCACAGUCUACAACAACUGUGUCUGCACACACAAAUGAUUCUCCAAUGGACUCAACCACACAACUAUCUACCACCCAAACAAAAACGUCUCAAAUCCCAUCACAACUAACAACACCACUAGGCACUGCUCAUGUAACAGGUUCUUCUGAAAGCACAAACACAAAUCUAACAGUGUCCUCUACAACACCAACAACACCAACAUCUGCUGUAUCGGCCACAUCUACGUCAUCUACCUCUGUGGCGGCCGUGUCAGCUGUGAGCCAAACAGUUCAAUCACUCCCCACAACAUUACAGAUCACCACUGAAGAGAACAUAACUAGACAAACUGAAACCACACUAUCAACAAUUUUGCCAGACAGCUCGGCCAAUGCACAACAGUCAGCAAAGCUGUCUACAACUCCCAAAACCACUGCCUCCUCCACAGAUGUUACAAACAGUGACUGGUCAUCACUGCAAAAUUCAACUCAAAACAUUACUUCAGUUUUAGCCAAACAGUCAACUACAUCUUCAACGACAUCCACUAACGUUCAGCCUUCUACAAUCAAUCCAAACCACAACUCAUUUACAGAAUUAUCACCAACACCUACAUUAUUUCAGCCCAAAACAGAGAAUAGCAGUUCAUCAGUUUCACCAUCAUCACCUAUGUACACUACAUCUUUGCAGACAUCAGAUCUAACUAAAGCACAAUCAUCAGGUACAGCUCAAACAUCUACACAAGUAUCUUAUACUAAUAUUUUCGACAGCAGUGCAUCUACACAACAUGUAUCCACAACUAGUUCAACCAUACCAGACUCUGCUUCAAGUGUAAUAACAACAUCUGACCAAAAGUCAUCAGAGUCGACCACAACACAAACAAUUUUCACCACCACGGCCACUUCUACAGAAUUUACGACUGCAACUACACCGUCAGCAACUAGUACUUACACUAAUACUUUAGACAACAGUGCAUCAACGCUACAUGUAUCUGCAGAUGGUCCAACCAUUCCUAGAUUCACCACCAUAAUCACUCCAACACAAUUCACAACAGCAACUACACCAUCAGGAAAUACUUUAGACAGCACAUCACCACAGUUUGUAUCUUCCGCUACUCAGUUAAACAACAGCUCAGCAAGCCCCACACAAUCAACACCUGAAACAAAACAAGCUUCAACUGCAAUUUCAAAAAACACUUCAGCUACCAAGACCUCCCCUUCCUUACCAAAUCCUCUCACUGAACAGUUAAACACUAGUGUUAGACCUCAACCUACAUCUUUGUCAGUAAAUAUAACCACUGCUCUUUCUAAAGAACCAACAUCAGCCACAUCAUUACUUAGUAUUGCACCCUCAGACCUCUCAACAGUGACCACACCCAUAGUUUCAUCAGCUAAAUCGCCAAUAACAGCAACAACAAUGCUAGACUCGACAGACCAUAGCGUGACCACAGCUAAAUCCAUCAAUGUAAACACCACUACGCUUCCUGCAGGACCAACCGUGUCUGCAGCAGUAGUUACUGAUGGGGGUUCAACUUCUCAAACCCAGCCAGGAGCUACAAAUGCAUCACCUGCCUCGAUGGUGGCCACUUCUGUUGGGCCAGGAACUACAUCAGUGUCCAUAGCAGGAGCUUUCAGUAGCACCACACAGCACCCAGAACAGCCAGAGUCUGCCGCUUCACCUUCAGGUGGCAGUUCUGUCACCAGUGCACUUCCACUAACAGGGAACUCUUCUUCACAGUCAGCAACUACAACCACUUCUUCACCACCAACAGCCACAGCAACCGCCAGCCCUUUGUUUUCACAUUCAACAUCUCCCACUGAAGGGUCACAUGUGUUUACAACAAAGCCCACAGAAUCCCUGACGACCAGUAGCAUGUUAGCAUACACAUCCCAUCCUAAUGAGGUCCCAUCAACAGCAGGCACAGACUCAGCAGCAACAUUCCCAUCCACAAAUUCAGUUUCAGUCAACAGCACAACACCAAAAUCAAGUAAUAUAUCUCUGUCAACAGCAAGACCUAAUAGUUCUAUCUCAACAGCAGUAACAUACAACACAACUCACACCUUAGCUGAGACAGUCACAUCGCCAUCAACACAACAAGGACAACAUACCAGCCAAUCAGAACUCAGUACAACAUCCCAAAACUCCAUGCAAACAACAAUCACUGGUGGUCCUGAUGUCGAAAAUCAAACAAACACAAUCACAAACCCCACUGAAGUAUUCUCCUCAACAGAGACAUCCUCACCACCCCAGGAUUCAGUCACAUCUUCAACUGGGAACAUAAGUCAAUCACAGAACACUGUAGUCACAGAACAUGCUACUGUCACCUUAGCUCAAAACUCCACAACAGGUAUACCUGCUUCAGUUGUUUCAACAUCAGCUCAGCCAUUUGUUGUCACACCCACAUCUAACAGCUCAUCACUAUCCAGCACAGGAGCAUUAAGUCUGUCACCAACAAUCACAACUAGUGCACCAAUAAAAAACAGUGCACCUGCCUUAACAACAACACCGCUAGUGCAACCUAUCAGCACAGCGGCAACUGAGAGUAGCAAACCAGCAUCCAAUAUCACCAGUUCAACCCACUCUUCUCAGUCAUGGACUCAAAAUCCACUGCAAGGGAAUGUUACAGAAUUGCAGGGCAACAUUACAGUGGACACUGAGCUCACAGCUACAGCUAAUUCCUCCUCACAAUUCACUACAUCUCCCAUGUUCGAAUCAACUGCUGUUGUGGACAGACCUUCUAUCAGUCCUACCACGGUGGGUGACUCCAGUCAUGCUACAGAUCAAAACCCAGAGACUGUCACUAUACCAGAAUCCUCAGCAAGUCCUCUUCCAACUCCAUCUGCAAAACGAGUCAUUGUGUUCAUCAGUCUGGAACCUCUGAUCAAGCCCAUCUCAUUUGAGUACCCAAAGGUGUCAAAUGCCACAUUUACUAUUCCCUAGGAUAACCAACAUAAUGCCCAAUAAGCUGCAACAAGCAACUCCUCAACAUAAAUCUAUGGUUUAUGAUACAUACUUUCUUUUCUUUUUUGUAUGCAAAAUGCAUUUUUAUUGUAAACAAUAAGUAUUUCUUUAGGAAAUAUAUGCCCUAAACACUUUUCCAUUUUUUGAUGUAGUGUGUAUUGUGUAAUGACUGCUCAGUAGUGUUUUAAAGGAAGGUUUUAAAAACAAAAUCUGUUUUAGCAAUUGGGAAAAAACUGUAAUAAUGUUGUUUGUCUGCAAGCUCAUCCUUGUGAUUUUGUACAAAAAGAGAUGUUAAAGAUGUACAUGUAGAAGGUGUACAUGUCGGACAAAGUGUAAAGUCUAAUGUCUAAAACUAAAGCUAAUGUAAUAUAUUGGUAACAUCUAUUCACUAAAAAAGGAUCAAAGAUCUUUUCUUGUUGCGUUGUUAAAUUAGGACUUGAGAGAUGUAUAGAGAUGUGUAGAGACUUUGUACUGACCUUACAAGCUGAUCUAAGGAAGCAUAAACUGAAGUUUAUAAUUCAGUUCAUAUAUAUUUUUAU